AAUGCUCCAAAAAAAAAUAACAAAACAUUGACGUUGAAUUAAAAUUUCAUAACAAUUAACAAUUUAUUGUAAACAAAUAUACCUAAAUUGUAUUUAAAGUUAAACAUUGAUCUCCAAUAUUCCAGUUAAGCGAAAAUAAAAUAUGGAGACUAAUCCAAGUAAGAUGAAUGAGAAGACUGCAGAUUUAAGUCCUACCGAAUGGUUUGAAAAAUUCAGGUCAAUUUCAAAAGAAGAACUUGAGUUAUCAACAAAACCUCCACAUUCUGCAGUAUUAAUAUCUAGAGAUGAUUAUAUAAAUGAAAAUGAAUAUGGAAAAAAACGAAAAGCAGAGAGUGAUUUGCGUAUGAUUCGCAUGGCUCCUCUAUUUGUUAGUCAACCACGACUCGAAAAAAUAUGUAAAGAUAGGACGAAUCAGUUUCUUUCUUCAUGCUUUACAGAAUAUUCAUUUAAGAGCGAUGAAGAUGAUUCAGUUAAUGAAUUUCAUGAAAAAGCAAAUGAUCUAGAGUACCUAAUUAAUCUCUGUGGAAGUAAUUUAACUUAUCUAAAUGUAAAAGAAUAUCCUACUUCUCAAAUAAUGCCAAUAAUCAAUGCUAAUUGUUCAAAUCUUGAGAAUCUUUAUUCAAGAUUCAAAGAGAUAAUGAGUCAAGAUUUUGAAAAUUGUUUUUCUAAUAUGUCUCAGCUUAAAGAUCUAACGAUUGAAUGGCAAUGUGAAAAUUCAACUCUACCAAUGACUCUAGCCAAGUCAUUGGAACAAAUUGCUGGAACCUUGAAAAGAUUAGACUUUUUAUGUAUUUUAGAAGAAAAUAAAAUUUUCUUACCAGAUCCAUUGGCUUCGGUACUUCCUCGACUAACCGCUUUGAAUCGUUUAGAAAUACGUAGUUUUGGACUAAGUCAACUAUUACUACAGUCGAUAGGUGAAAUUGAAAAUUUGACUUAUCUAUCUUUAAUGACUUCUUGGCCGAAUAAUCAUCCAAUCCUUGAUACAAGGAUCAAUAUGCAUCCAAUUGGGUAUUUGAAAAAUCUCGAGAAUUUAUGUAUUGAUUGUGAUUAUGGUGUUAGAGAUGAAUUUUUGAUUAAUCUUUGUAAUAAUGCUAAAAGAUUAAAGUUUUUACAUAUAACUGGCACAAAUAUAAGUGAUUUUGGUAUGAGUGCAAUUGAUGAAUUGAAACAAUUAGAAAAAUUCAAUCUUGGUUUAACUUGUUCGUUUCGACCAUCAAGAAAAAAUGAAUUUAUCACUGAUGAAUCAAUUCAAUGUUUAUUCAAUCAAAAAUUGAUCAUCUUGAAUAUAUCAAAUUGCAUUAAUAUCACUGAUAAAGGGGUAUUUAAAGUUGUUGAAAAUUUACCAAAUUUACAAUUUUUAAAUAUUGAAAAUACAAAGGUAACUCGAAGAGCUGUCGAAAAAAUACUUAAAUUAACAGAAGAUUGUCCAGAACCACUCAUCGUAUAUGAAAAUACUCAAUCUGCUGUACCCAUUACAAGUCCAUCAAGUUUUUUUUAUUAAAUUAAAAAAAUUAGCUAGUGGACAUGGAGGUAGAGGCUGUGUUACUCUCAUAAUCAUAAGCAAUCAAAAAAACUAGAAUAAUAAUUCAACACUGCCAAGUUGCAAUUUUCAUUUUUUUAUUAUAUUUGUUAUUUUUUAUUAGAUUUAUUAUAAUUAUUUGUAAAUUUAAUUUUCGUUUUUUUUAUCGUUUGAAAUAAAAUGAAUAGCUGAAUAGUUUUUUGUCAGACAAAUAAAUCAAUUGAGACAAAAAACUAAUAC